CUUGUAUGAGAGUGAAACAUGUGAAUGUAGGCUAGAAAGUUGUUAGGUAGUAAGUUUAAAUAUUUUUUGUAUCUUUUAAUGGAGAACUAUACGAGACUGUCGAGAGGUAAAACAGAGGAAGAAGAUGACAGAUCAACCUUGCCAUUUUCAGAUCUUCCAGAAAACAUCAUUCACAUUAGAGUAAAAGCUGGAAGUAAACUUAGAAACUUGCUGGGCUUUGCCAUGAAAACGUUCAAGGAAGAAAAUAAACGUCACAUGGUCAUUGCUGGUGUGGGAAAGGCCAUCAACAAAAGCAUCACAUGUGCUGAAAUCAUGAAGAGAAAGUAUAAGAGUUUACACCAAAUCACUAAAAUUGGCUACAAAAGGGUAGAGGAAUUAUGGAAACCAAAAACUGAAGAAUUAGACAAGUUGAAAGUAACAAGAGAAAUUCCAGCAAUUUACAUCCUGCUGUGUAAAGAUCCUCUGGACAACAACGAGUUAGGGUACCAAGCUCCGGGAAAUUUGAAUUCUUUCUGGAAAAGUGAAGCAACAAAAGAAAAAAAGCAAACGCAAAAGAAAUUCAGAGAUUUUCAUGGUCCUGAAUCAUCAGGUGAAGCAAGAAGACAGAAGUUUCGGAAAAAACAGAGAUCCAAAUCUGAACGAGAAGGAAGUCGGAGUGAGGGAACAAAAGUAGAAGAAGUUUGAUUUAAAAUUCAGAGCCUUAAACAUUUAUGUAGAUGGACAUAUUUAUUUUCAACAGUUAAACAGUUAUAUGUACUAUUAAAGAAAUAAAAAUUGUUCUAUUGAUAUCACAAA